AUGCAGUCGGACGGAAAGGACAAGAGCGCGAACCCCAUGCGCGAGCUGCGCAUCCAGAAGCUCGUGCUUAACAUCAGUGUCGGAGAGUCUGGUGACAGACUUACCCGUGCUGCUAAGGUGCUCGAGCAGCUGAGCGGUCAGACUCCUGUCUACAGCAAGGCCCGCUACACUGUCCGUACCUUCGGUAUCCGUCGUAACGAAAAGAUCGCCGUCCACGUCACCGUCCGUGGCCCCAAGGCCGAGGAGAUCCUUGAGCGUGGCCUCAAGGUCAAGGAGUACGAGCUCCGCAAGAGGAACUUCUCCGAGACCGGCAACUUCGGCUUCGGUAUCAACGAGCACAUCGAUCUUGGUAUCAAGUACGACCCUGGCAUUGGUAUCUACGGCAUGGACUUCUACUGCUGCAUGACCCGCCCUGGUGAGCGUGUCGCUAAGCGUCGCCGCUGCAAGGCCCGUAUUGGUGCUCCUCACCGCAUCAACCAGGCCGAGACCAUCAAGUGGUUCAAGAACCGCUUCGACGGAAUUGUCCGGUAA